AUGGUUUCGCACGCUCGCUCACAUUCGGGCAGUGGCGAGCUGCCACGGCGUCGUGCAUGGUCCGCCCGUCAACUAGGCGUGUCUCUUGCUCUUGCCAUUCUCACCUCACUCACUCUGCUCUUGCUCUCUGGAUCGACUACCUCGGUCACCGCCGCCGUCAGUGGCGCCCGACCUGCUCUCUUUCGCUCACCAGCGUCCGACAACUCGCGAGGCGCAGAUUUCCUCCAGCAUGUGCUCACCAAGCCGAGAACACAGCCUCGGUCCGCAGCUGCUCCCUCGCUCGACACAGAGCCCAUCUGCCGUCCCACAGGUCAGAUCGAAGACGCCUCUUGCGACUACGAAACAGUGGAAACGAUCAACUCGCAAUUCUUUGAUCGUCUCGACGCGCUUCGCAAGACCGACUUUUUCAAGUUUUACAAGGUCAACCUCUUCAAAGAAUGUCCCUUUUGGAACGAGAACGGCUUCUGCAUGAACAGAGCCUGCAGUGUAGAGACCGAGGACGAGUCCAACGUCCCUGAAGAAUUCCGCGUCAAUCGUCUCAGUUCGGUCACCACUGCUUCUCCCAACGAUGUCGUCAUGACCGGUUCCGAUGCCAGCUGUUCCUGCUCGUCGACCGAAUUCUGUCAUUUGGACGACGAGUCUUCCGAUCAAGGCGUCUACGUCGACCUCUUGAAGAAUCCUGAGCGCUUCACCGGCUAUGCUGGUCCGAGCGCAAAUCGAGUCUGGAAGUCGAUCUACGAGGAGAAUUGCUUCAACGGCGUCAAGUUUGUCGAGCCCGCCAGGCCUACUUGGUCUGGCGGCACUGGCUUUGUCGACAAAAGCCUGCUACACAGCUCCAGCCCGGCGCUCGGCGGCCUGCCAAGCGGGUUCAGCGGUCUCGUUUCGUCCUUACAAGCCCCUCUCGACAGCGGUGACAGCGAACAGUGUCUCGAGAAGCGCGUCUUCUAUCGCAUCAUCUCUGGCUUGCAUGCAUCCAUCUCGAUCCACAUCUGUCACGACUUUCUCGACACCAAGACGGGCGAAUGGGCGCCCAACCUCGAAUGCUUCAUCACACGGAUCGCCGAGCAUCCAGAACGUUUGCAAAACGUCUACUUUGACUAUGUGCUUUUGCUUCGCGCUCUUUCGCGUCUGGACGACUCGAAGCAAAACUUUUCGCUACGUGCAGGAGAUUCGAUCGAAGACGCUCUGGCCGUAGCCCAGCUGGACGAAUUGAUUCAAGACGCUCGCGCCUGCCCGACCACGUUCGACGAAGCACAAAUGUUCAACGGUCAGAAUCGCGAUUCGCUCGAACUCAAGCAGGAGUUCAGGCAGCAUUUCAGGAACAUAUCCACCAUCAUGGACUGCGUAGGAUGCGACAAGUGCAGGUUGUGGGGCAAGUUGCAGGUCAACGGCAUUGGCACCGCGCUCAAGUUGCUCUUCAAUCGAAACGAUGAGCGAGAUGGCGUCGGCGAGGUCAAGCUGCAGAAGAGUGAAUUGGUGGCGUUGGUCAAUGCGGCGCACAGGAUCGCAGAAAGUUUGAGGGCAGUAGAGCGCUUUAGAGACAUGUACCAGGAGCAGAGGUUAGCUAGCGACAAGGCCGAGCAGACCAAGACGCUAGAACACUCGAGUCACACCAAGCGUGUUGCGCAGGCGAAUGCUACGAGCGCAAAGAGUUUCGACCAGGCUCAAGAAUCAGCGCAAGACGAGACGUUGUUCAAGCACUGGCUUUGUUGGCUCGAGAAGCAAGUUGCAGCGUGUCAGCGAUCGCUCGUACAUUGCCUGCAGGCGGUAGGCAUCGGUGUCGCUGGGCGAUCGCACAAUAGUGGUAGCGGUAAACAUUCAGAGCUAUAG